CUCUGUUUUGUUGUGAAUAUGUUUCGCGCUUUUGCACUGCUUUCAGGCUUUCAUGGUGAUCCCGCCAAUCAAAAAGAAAAAGUUUUUUAGGUUUUACAUUUGAAAUUAACUUUCUUCAAGGGGAGAGAGAGUACAGAGAUGGAGUUCAGCAUAAGCGGCAAUGCGCUAAAGACCUUCGCUCGGUCCAUAAUCUGCCUCGCACGCGUCGGCAACGAGCUCGUCGUCCAAGCUUCACCGACCCAGCUGGGAUUGCACACUCUAAAUGCUUCUCGUUCUGCCUAUCAGUCUAUUACAUUUCAGUCAGGUUUCUUUGAUGCUUAUGCUGUUCAAGGUCCUCAAGCUCAUUUCAGUGUCCUUUUGAAGGCUGUUUGUUCUGUUCUUAGGACCCCUGUCGCGAGCAUUGAUCAUAUGAGUGUGCACUUGCCAGACCAAGACGCAUCUAAGGUCAAGUGGGCACUGGAAUGUUACAGUGGUAUGAAGAAAACAUACUGGAUUACUUGCAAUGUGGAGCCAGAUAUACAGCAUCUGUCGCUUGAUAGGGGUAGAUUUCCGAGUGGUUUAGUUGUGCAACCUCGGAAUCUGAGCAAGUUGCUUGGAAACUUCCAGUCAUCCCUCCAAGAGAUUACAAUAAUUGCUACAGACCAAACUUCUUUUCCAUCCGACGCUGCAAGUGAAAUAGGUGGCAAAGCUGUUGAAUUCCGGAGCUAUGUGGAUCCGACCAAAGAUGGUGACUCUUUGUUACAUACUCAGCUAUGGAUAGAUCCAUCAGAAGAAUUUUUGCAGUAUACUCACGCGGGUGACCCUAUUGACAUCACGUUUUCUUUGAAGGAACUAAAGGCAUUUCUUUCAUUUUGUGAGGGCUGUGAAGCGGACAUUCAUCUUUUCUUUGAAAAAGCUGGCGAGCCAAUACUGAUGGCUCCAAAAUUUGGCAUGGGUGAUGGGUCAAACUCAAGUUUUGAUGCCACGCUCGUUCUUGCGACAAUGCUUGUAUCUCAGCUACAGGAAGGGGCUCCGCCAGAAGCUCCGGAAGCAGCAAACUCCACAGGUGACCAUGCUGCCGAGCAAGUAGGGCCAGAGCGUCAAGAUCGGUCUAGGCAGAGUGCCUCUGAGCACCCAUCUGAGCACACACGAGUUUGGUCUGAACUUUCAGGAACUGCGACUAAGAGCGUUAACGGUUCCGAGGAGAGGCCACAGGCUCAGGGACAACCAGACUUGAAUAUCCAAAGAAUUAGAGAUAUUGAAAUAUCAAAAGGUGGACCAGCUGGAGACAAUGCUCCCGGACCUUCUAACUCCCAACGUCCCAUACAGAUGGAUCACGCCGGCGAAGGAUCUCGAGUACGGGUUGAGAACAACCAAAACUUCUCCCAGCGUCAUCCUAGUAAUUGGGUAGGUGCAAGUGAUGAUGAAGACGAGGACGACGGUGUUGAGGCGACGCCACCUCAUAAUGAAGAUUAUUAACUCAAGUCUCUUUCCCCUUGAAGCCAACUGAAACGAGUCGUAAGCAGAUAAUGGAAACGGCAUCAGAAUGGGACAGAACAUACAAGUAAUAUAGUAAGGCACUAAGAUCUUGCUUUUUUUUUUCCAAACAUAUACAUAUAAAAUGAUCUGCAUUUUAGGGUAAGAUGUCACUCUCUAACUCGAUUAUAUGGAAAUGGUGGGAGUAAAUGCAUGCAUAUAUGCGCAGUGUUAGGUGCUUCGUCCACUAUAAUCAAAAUUGAUCAUUUCUUGGCAAAACUUCUGGAUCGCGUGCAGUAUUGUUCACUUGUUCAGUCAUGUUUUUGUUUGUUAUCUAUUUACUUUUCUUUCUAACUGAACAUAAAAAAAUAGAAUGCCAACACACCCUGAACCUAUGCUGCAUCUAUACAUAUAUUCUUAUUGCA